CCACCGCAUCACAGCAUUUUCCUGUGCCUUAGAGUCUUGCUGCCAGAUGAGGACACUGGACAGCGGGAUUGGAACCUUCCCACUCCCCGACUCAGGGAACCGAUCUGCGGGGCGACACGUGUCUAAGCAGGAAUCGACCUUGGAAACAGAAGCCCUCGCACCGUCUGAGCAAGUUCUUCUUUCAGCUCCUUCAGUAAAAGCCAAAACUCUUGAGCGAGAAGUGCCUUCAACAGCUAUGAGUCAGGAGUCUGUGGAAAGCAUAAUUAGUCACUCAACAUCUGAUCCAGCCAUGACUGCCAAAGGUAUACGACCUUUUCAAAGUCGCCUUCCAAAACCAGAUUCCUCAGGAAUAAUUAACCUUGCAAAGCAAAGUGAACAAGAACCAAGUUCUGUGACCUCUACCUCAUUAGAGCUUACUGAAGAAACUGUAGAAAAUAGAAAAGCUCUUUCAGAUUGGACCACCAAGAAAACUACAAAAACAAAGGACAGAGCUCUAAGAGUGUGCACUUACUCUGCCAGCAGCAGUGACACUGAACAGGAGCCCGAGUAUGGAACAAAUUAUUUUCGAACUGCAGAGGAGACGUUGGUAGAGUUAACAAAGAGCAACAAACAAGCUGAGCAGGAAAAACAGAAGCAGAGAAAGUCAGUUCUGGGGAACCCGAUGUCAAUCUUGGAUUUAUACCAACACAGUCUCUAUGGCCAUUUUGGAGAGGAUGGACCUGAACAAUUAACACAUUUCAGUUUAAUUGAGCAGCUGAGUGGACCUUCCAGUAAAGACAGCAAAGGCAAAGAGAGCCCAACUAAAUUGAAGCAAACUGAAGAAACAAAAGAAGAUUCUCAGACCAGAUUAUCUAGAAUUUCCCUGGAGUCUCUCAAUAAAUUUAACAGCAAUAACGUACUUUUAUUAGAAAAGGAGAACUGUCUGAACAAAGCUGAAGGACAAAAGGAAGAAAACGGAAAGAAGGAAGCAUCUUCCUUAAACAGCUCCGAUAGGCAGGACGUGGACAAUUUGGAGUCCCUGAGCGAUUCUUUGUACGACAGCUUCUCCUCUUGUGCCAGCCAAGGCUCUAACGACGUGUGAGGACGCUUUCAGCCGGCUGCAAAGGGAGCACUUACGGAGCUGCAAGCGGGCAGUGAGAGCGGAGUAGGAACAGAACUCACCCCGUGUCACUGUGCCCAUGGCAGGCUGUUCUCAGCUUUGGUCUUCAUGACACAGCAAUAAGGAAGGCAGCACUGCAUUUGUCUCAGUACAGGAGACUCAACGCUCCACACAAGUGACUACACAGAGAAAAGUCUUAAUUUUGCACUUUUAUGAAUAUUUGUAUAGGUGUAAAUAUUUUGGAAAGAUAUAUUUGUAGGGAGAGAUGACAGCAAUAAAUAUUAUGUUGGUGCUAUGCUCCCGUAAUGGCAGAUUACUGACUUAAAUUGAUGUUAAUAUUAACCAGAAAAGUUAGUAGAUUUUUUUAUGAAGAUUUAUACUUAUUCUGGUCUUAAAACUAUGUAGAAACACUGCGUGUCCAUAAACCUGAGCCUACCGAAUCAUCUGUAAGGAACUUUGUAGACACCUUUUGCAAAAUAUAUUUUUAUUUUUAGUGCAAUUCCAUACAAGCGCUCUAGGGAAGGGUGCAUUUCGGCUACAGUGUCGCAACAGGUGUCCUAUUGCAGAAGGCGUUUGCUUACAGCAUGGCGAGCACAUGAAUAACGGGGCGGUGCUGCUGGUGCGGACUGCUCAGCUCACGUGCAAGCUGGGAAGGACGGGGUCGGGGCACUGCGCUGCUCUCCACCUCCUCCCAUCAGCGUUCCCCAUCCAUUCCCGAAUCUUGUGCUAUCUUCUGUCCCCGUUUUGUCUAAUUAAAUCGUCAGCUCUGCAAUAGUUGUUGGUGACACGUGAGGAGCGGUGGGCACGAGCCAGCACCGCUCAGCCGGGCCGCCUGUGUGGUUUUGUUUUUCUACAGAGGCUGUUUAUACGUGAGGGAAAGUCUAUUUGAAAGGUUCGGUGUAUUUUUUCUAGAUGUGAAGUAUUUAUAACUGCUUUUUGUACAGCGACCUGUAAACCAGAUUUAUUUGGGAUAUUUCUGACCCCGCGGUUUCUCCAGCACCUGUUAAUCUAUGAAACGAUACUGUAUCGUCUGCGUUAAUGCUUCGUGCAAUUUGUUCUAAGUCAUUCCCGCUGUAAACUCGCGUCGACUUUUAAGAGAUUUUCACCGAGGCGUCUUUCUUAAAUAAACCUCCUCCUGUGUA